UAUUUUUUUUAAAAAGGAUGAAGAAAUUAUUUGAACAAAAUUUCUUGUACCUGACGUGUUACUUGAAAUAACAAUAAUGAAUCUAUGAUUCUUCAUGUUACUUUGGAAUUCGCAUUGUAGAAAAGGGCUGAUUUUAAUACGGUCCUAAAUCUUUAGGCGUAGGAAAUGCAUUCUGGUUUGCUUUGCAUAUGCGUCAUACAACACGCUAGCUGUAGGGUACGACGAAUUCUUUCCACUAUAUGCUGCAACGUCGAAACAAUACGGAGGUUACGAUUUUAACAUUACUCAAAUUGGUACAGCCCUACUCAUUGUUGCUAUGGUAACGAUAACCCUCGAAGUAGCUUUAUUUACCAAGCUAGUCAAAAAAUUUGGAGCAAAACUGGUAUUUGUAUGCUGUACCUUGUUCCAAUCUCUGCUGCUACCAUUACACGUUCCGCUGACAAUCAUAUCCAACAGGAUAAUAUUUUGGAUGCUUCUUCUUGCGCUUUUGAUCUUGAUGCGAAUUUGUAUCGAAGGAUCAGUUAUUUCAGUUGCUGUAAUGUUAAACAAUUCUGUAGAAUCAAAUUAUCUUGGAACAGUAAAUGGAUUGUCCAUGACAAUUUCUGCAGUAGGAAGAACGUUUGUACCUACCGUAUUUGGAAGUUUAUACUCUUGGUCGCUAAGCAACAAAAAAAGCGUGAGCAUGAAUAAAAAUCCGAUAGGCUAUCCUUUUGACGAGAAUUUCACAUUCUUAGUCAUGGCAGUAUUUGGUAUUUUCAAUACGCUUCUUGUCGUGCAAUUGUCAAGCAAUAUAAAUAAAAGAAAAACAGCGUUCACGCAAGAGAGAGUAGCAACGAAAUUUCAAACAUUUUGUGAUGCAAGAAAUAAUGUCACUGUGUUAUGAUGAUUCGCUUCCCUUAGAACAUGCUAACAAAUUGCAGUGAUAACGGUUGGA